UCACCUUAAUGCCUUUGAUGAUUUGGUCAGCCAUGACAUACAUGCAUGCGGCCCAGUUUCUCUCAUGGCUUGGGCUUCGCUAGCUUCGGCUAGAGAACCAAGCCACACACGUGUCUUCACGCCAGUAACCUCCCCAAUUAUUUGCUCCCCACACGCUCAUGCAACCAUGAUUCGACACGCUUCACUGUGGAGCAUAAUUUUUUUUGUUCCUUCAUGGCUAAGCUUAAUCAAGCCCAAUAAUUCUGCGGGCCCCAUCAGCUCUUGUCACUUUAGUUUGCCUUUUGAAAAAGACCAUCAUGGUGCCCACUGACUAGAAAGCCAAUCCCUGUACACAUACGGUGUAUGUACGUAAGACAUACGAUCUUGGACGAAUAUACCCUUGAGAAGGCAUUUUUCACGCCAGCGGGGUGGGUCCUACCAACACCAUGAAUUCUGCCCAUAAAUACGAGCCUCCUAUGAUGCAAUUCUUCCCUUUCCUCCUCCUCCUCCCCUCCCCUAUCUAUUUAGCAAUUUCUGUAGCCAUGUUGUCCACGGUUUCGGCCAUUUUCCCAUCGGUUGAACCGAUGGCCAGCAACCCCUUUCAGUCCUUCGAGAACGGCUUUACGCCUUGGGACUGUUUCGACCCCUUUUCAAGCUCUCCUCAGUCACCAAAACCUGUUGGUUCGAGUUCCGGUUCGGAUAAAUCCAACCAGGCAGGCCAAAACCCUGACAACUCGAACUCAAACUCUGGCUCCGACGACCCAAACCCUCAAGCUUCACUCAUAGAUGAGAGGAAACGCAGGCGGAUGGUAUCAAACCGGGAGUCGGCAAGGCGGUCACGGAUGCGAAAGCAGAAGCACGUAGAAAACCUAAGGAACCAGGUGAACCGGCUUAGGAUUGAGAACGGGGAACUGACGAACCGGUUGCGCUUUGUUUUGUACCAUUCCCAUGGUGUACGGACAGACUACGACCGACUCCGGUCUGAGUAUAGUACGCUCCGAAAAAAGCUGUCGGACAUACGGCAAAUUUUGAUGAUGAGGCAACUCCAAGAAUUGACGUCCGCGUGGCCAUGCAAUAAUAUGAUUACCACCACCACCGAACAAAUAGCUCCAUCAUUAAUCACUUCAUAAACUAUAAAAUAAACUCAGUAAAUCAUGAAACUGAAAGUUAAAACAGGAAGAAAACGAGGCUUUAUUUGUGGAGUCUCUUCUGAUCAGCACUCUUUGUAGAGUCUUAUAUAUAUAUAUAUGUAAAUGAUAAAUUAAGCUGCUAUGAAGCAAAACUUAAAUGGUGGGGUUUACGGUGAUUUUUGGUAAAGGGUGCUUUUAGGGCAAAAUGAUUGGCGGUUUUGGUGAGCCUUGGUUCAUUCUCAUGUAAAAAGACUAGUUGACUCGUGCUCGAUCGGUUAUUUAAAGCUAUAUUAUUAUCUAUCUUGUUUUCCUAUUGUUUAA